AUGACUUUGACAACGGUUGAGGACCUUGCUGCGGUUGUUUCCCGGGCAGUUGAUUACGAAGGCAGCUGGCCUACAACGGGUGGUAUUAGAGGUAACAGAGUCACCUUUUCACAGAUUCUCGAAAUUGGCCGGAGAAUUAGAGGACGCUCUUUUGCCAUCGACAAGGCGGUCCAUCGAGCAGUCUCUGAAGAUCAGGGAUUGGCCCUUCUCAAGAUGGUAUCCAUUGGAAUCUUACUGAGCAGUUCAAAAGGUGCAUGGGAAGUAUCUGAUGAGAUGAACCAGCUUUUCCCAGAUUACGAGUUUACUCUCAUUGAAGAUUUUCUCGCAAAGCUAGUGAACAACGUUGGUACAUUCCCAGGUUUCAUUGUCGAUGAACUUCUUCAAGUCGCUCAACUAUCGGCGAUUAUAGCAUUCACUAGAAUCUUUGCGCACCUGAAGAAAGAUAAUGAAGGAUCUGGCAAACAUGGCAGCGAACGCAAUACCCAACAAAAGCCAGCUAACAUUCCCAAUCAUCAAGAGUUUACCGUUUCCAACAACAAUCAUUCCCUCUUGGGCGGACUUGAAGCGACUGGAUUAGACACCGAUGAAGAUACAAUUCCAGCCCCAAACCCCGAUCCAUCAAAACCAGAUUCCACUCCGACUAAAUUCACUCAUAAUCAUCUUUGGAACGAGGCAUACGAGGCACUGAAGAGAGAAAAAGAAAGUGAAAAGUUUGUUGAAACAUAUGAAAUAUUACUACGGAAGGUUUUCCUCCAGCCGGCUGCUACGAACCAGGCGACUCAAAGUGAACUGGAUGAUGAGGCCUUGAAGACUCUCGCACAUGACGUAUACAGUAGAGAGGAACAGUUAAGAUCGAUUGUAAGAAUUGGUCUAGAGAAAGUCCAAAAAGCCAAGGGAGCGACAGAAGGCUACGGGAAGUUCUUUGAUCUUGUGGAACCCUUCAAAAGCGUAAUUGGAGCUGGAUUGUCGAGUGUUCCGCAAGCUGCACUUCCUUGGGCAAUAGUAUCUGCAAGCUUGGAUGUGCUUGCAAAGCCAGCAAGAACAAAUAAAGUUCUAUACACUGGAGUGAGCCAGGUGGUAUCAAGAAUGGACUGGUAUGCAGGCCUCACAGAAAGCAUUCUCGAACCGGAAAACAUCAAUGACAGUCAUCCACUUGAGAGAGCUCGUCGGGAGCUUAAGAAUCGAAUUGCAAGUCUUUACCAAGCAUUACUGCUGUAUCAAAUCAAAAGCACUUGUUAUUACUACAGGAAUCAGCUCUGGGUCUUUUUAUCCGGUUUCUUAGAUAUUGAUGAUUGGAGUGGCGAUUUACAGGCAUUAAAGGAUGCAGAGGAUGCAGUUCGGAAAGACUGCGAACAGUACAAUAAGCAGCAUAUCAAAUCUGUUCUCGACCGGGUGCUUGUAUUCGAGGAAGCUCAGAUUGCGCUUAAGCGAGACAUGGAGCGCGAGAAGGAAGAUAGAAAUUGUCUGCGAGACUUACAUUGGAUCGAUCCACGUGACGAGAUUCAAGAUAUUAAGGCGCGAAAGGACGAUCUUGUUGAUGAUUCAUACAGGUGGAUAAUGGAUACAGUUGAAUUCAAAAAUUUUAUUGAUUGGGAAGAUCGGGAUGCACCUAAUCUACUGUGGAUUACUGGACAAGCAGGGAUGGGGAAAACUAUGCUGCUCGUUGGUAUCAUCCAAGAACUCACAAAAGAGCGCCUAUCAAAUUCAGAUGCUCCAAAUAUAUCUUACUUUUUCUGUCAGGGAUCAAGCGGCGAGUUAAAUAGUGGAUUGGGGGUUUUGAGAAGUCUGCUAUGGCUACUACUUGUGCAACAACCGCAUCUCAUUUCGCACGUGAGAGAGGCUUACAAGACCGCAGGAAAGAAAACAUUCACAGGCGCGGUUGCAUUUGAAAAGUUGUCGGGGAUUUUGAAGAGUGCGCUAGAGGACAGAGAAUUGGAACCCAUAAUUCUCGUCCUUGAUGCUCUGGAUGAAUGUGACCAGGCGGACCGACCAUCGUUGAUUCGAUUCCUCAACACUGUGCUAUCUUCACCAAAGACAAAAGCAAGAGUUAAAUGGAUUAUAUCAACCCGUCCUCUUCCAGAAAUUCAGAUGGAUAUGAAUAGCGCCGGUAGGUACCUCAACAGUAUGCUUAGCCUUGACAACCGAGAUCUUGAAGGGCCCAUUAGCGCUUUCAUUGAUCACAAAAUCCAGCAGCUUCGUGAGAAAGGACACGAAGAAGAAGAUUUGAAAAUGGUGUCGGAUAGAUUGCGAGAAAGGUCUGGCAAUACUUUCUUAUGGGUCUGGUUAGUAUGCAAAGAAUUGAUGAUUUCCCGGGUUCGUGCCUGGUCCGAAAUUCUCGACAGUGUGCCAGACAAGUUGGCAGAGCUAUACAAGUAUCUGCUUGAGAGAAUCAAUUCAUUCAAGCUCAAGGUGGAUUCAGAAGACUGCAAAAAUGUUCUUGCUGCGACCACGCUUGCAUACCAAAAUCUGUCUUUAUCUGAGCUCGCAGUUCUGGCAAGCCUGCCAACCGAGAAGGAUGCAAGACAGGCAGUGGACUUGUGCGGUUCUUUUCUAACGAUUCGCGAUAAAACCGUGUAUAUGAUUCAUCAAUCUGCAAAGGAACACCUGAAAGACCACUUCGAGGAGAUACAUGGCAUUGAUCAAGAUUCGGGCCAUUUGCGAAUAUUUCAGCGCUGCUUGACAAAAUUGGACACUACCUUACGGAGAAAUAUAUAUCAACUUUCAAAUAUAGGAGUUCUUUCCACUGAUAUUCAGACGCCAAAUCCAGAUCCUUUAUGUUCAGUCCGAUAUGCGUGUCGUUAUUGGGUCCAUCACCUAAAGAAUAGCGGAAUAACCAUGCAAGACGAAAAAGAUGUUCACAAAUUCCUUCUUAAGCACUUUCUCCACUGGCUCGAAGCACUAAGCUUGAUGAAAAUAAUAUUUGAAUGCCGUCCUGUGAUUAAGAUGCUGCAGGGCCUUGUUGAACCGGCGAAGGGUUCUAAUUUGGCGCUCUUCCUUGACGAUGCGGCCUGGUUUGCCAUGAAGAGUCACGGCAUCAUCGAGACUGCACCACUUCAGGCAUACGCGUCUGCGGUCAUCUUUGCUCCAGAAUCCAGUGUCGUGAAGAGUGUAUUCGAAAAGGACGCUCCAAAAUGGAUUAGUAAAUGGCCGCAAAUGCCACCUUUGUGGAGCACUGAGAUAGCCCGGCUAGUUGGCCAUUGGCACUGGGUGAAAGCAAUCUCAUUCUCCCAUGAUGGCAAACUACUGGCGUCAGCUUCUGAAGACGACACCUUAAAACUUUGGAAUCCCUUGACAGGAAGGUGUUUGCAAACUAUUCUCCUUCAAAGCAAAGCUAGAGCAGUCGCAUUCUCUCAUGAUGGGAGACUGUUAGCCUCAGCGUCCGAAGAUGGAACAGUUAAGUUAUGGGAUCUGCCGUUGAUGGUGGAUGGCACGAUGGAAAAGCAGACAGAAAUAGUAAGCUUGAAAUGUCAUGCUGACUGGAUUAAUGCUCUUGUUUUCUCCAACGAUGAUAAAGUGCUGGUAUCAGCUUCGAAUGACUCAACUAUCCGCCUUUGGGAUUGGUCUAUGGGACAAGAAAUAUCCAAACUUGAUGGACACACCGGCGAGGUCACAUCCGUUGCUUAUUCAAAUGAUGGUAUGCUCCUAGCUUCCAGUUCAUAUGAUGGAACUGCUAGAAUCUGGGAUCCAAGGGAAGCUGUUUCAUUCUCUUAUAAUGGGCAAAUGCUAGCAACAGCUUCAGCAGAUACCACGGUCAGGGUAUGGAAUAAUGUAACUGGAAAAGAGCGGUAUAUAUUCAAAGACCAUACAGAACGAGUUAACUCAGUUUCAUUCUGUCAAGGCCAUCAUUUGUUAGCAACAGGAUCAGAUGAUGGAACAGUCAGACUUUGGAACCCUGCCGAAGGGGACAGUCUCCAAAUACUGGGAUCGCAUUCCCGGAGAGUCAGAGCAGUUUCUUUGGCACCAGAUGGUGAAUACUUAGCAUCAGCAUCAUAUGAUGGCGACAUUAGGGUAUGGGACCCAGCUGGAAAUAGAGAAAUGGGAGCAUGGGCAGAAGGGCAUGAAGAUGUGAAACAAAUCACAUUUUCUCCGGAUGGAAAUUACCUUGCGUCAGUGGCAUAUGAUAAAAUAAUCGAUAUAUGGGAUCCAAAAACAGGCAAAAAGCUGUGGAGCUUGGAAGGCCACACUGGCAUUGUCACAGCGGUGACAUAUUCUGGCAACAGUGACUUGCUGGCAUCCUGUUCAUGGGAUCGAAUGAUCAGAAUAUGGGAGUUGAGAACGGGCCAACAAUUACAUGCCUUGGAAGGACAUAGUGACAUUGUCUCAACGGUGACAUUCUCUCGGCAUAAUGACUUCUUGGUAUCUAGUUCAUGCGAUAAUACGAUCCGAAUAUGGGAUACAUUGAGAGUAUGGGAUCCAGACACGGGAAUGCAAUUACGGGUUUUGGAAGACCAUACCGACGCUGUUCUAACAGAAGCAAUUUCUCGCGAUGAUCAGAUGUUGGCAACGGGUUCCAUCGACAAGACAGUCAGGAUUUGGGACUUAGAAUCUGGCAAGCCACUGUGGACCUUAAAAGGUCACGAUGGCCCUGUUGAAGAUGUGAGAUACUCUUACGACAACCAGCUGUAG